CAUUAUACGUGUCACUUUGUUAGAGUAUCACGUCAUACACUUUAACUAGCUUGAUAGUAGACCUAUAUGAUAUAUGUUCCACAGUAUGCAGUUAUUCCUAGUAUAGGCUGCAGUUCCAAUGUUAUGUAAAGAAAUAGAAUCUAAAUCGAUUACAAUAUAGGAUUAAAGUGUGACAUUCAAUGUCAGUUUUUGAGAUUGUGUUUCCCUUUGUGUAAUUCCAACAGAAGGCAGAGCUUCUUGAAUUCAUAACGUGUAGCAAUGCGCCGCUGACUGGUUGAGUGUUGUUAAAUGGCUUUUGAAAACGGCUAGGUUGUGAUUUAAGUAUAUAGCCUUUCCUGAUGUAAUUACCAUUUUAGUGGUUUUAGUGAGUCUAUAGCACAACUUAUUGCACAAAUGUAUCUCAUUAUGCAACUUGCCCUGUUUACGCAUGGUUACGCAUGUGGUUAAUAAAAUUAGCACGAAGCCAAGUAUAGCCCCUAAAGUCAGAAAGAUAUAAGAUGGUAAGAGAAUAGUUGAUUUAAUUGUCUUUUUUUCAGUUAACUCAACAGUGUCUGUAAUGGCUCUGUAAAUCAGAAACAAAUUUUGCUAUUGGUCCUUUUGCUGAUAGACAGCAGCACCAUACACUCGAUUCAUUCAUAUUUUUUAAGGGGAAACUAUUUAUUGGACACGGCCAAAAUGCACAGCCAGUGCUGAAAUCACUGCAUUAUAUUGAUGAUCACAAGAUAUUCACAACAUGCAGACAGUGAAGUCCUCUCCAAAACGGUUUACAUUUUUGCAAGCGUAAUUCAGAAUUUCUGCCACAAAAUGUUGCAGAGAGAGUAGAAUGUACGUGUGUGUAUUUGAAUAAAGCAACAUAGUGAUAAAAUAGAAAAAAAACUGUUUAUUUUGAGUGUGUGAAAUGAGCAAUUGGAUGGAAUACUACAGCGGAGUUGUUCACGGUUCUCGCCACAGGCAGUAUAUCAGGCCUAUAAAAAUCAAAGCUGCCUGAUGUAGUAUUUUAUUAUAGUAUUAAACGACCAAAAAAAGUUCAAGUAGUUUCUUCCAUAAAUACAAGGGGAUUGUCGCACGGUGGUGUUUAAUACCCUCGUUAAGAAAAAAUGACUGUUAAUUUCCCAAUAAAGCUGUUCAUUAUCUCAACAUACUCCUAUUACUUAAAGAAGGAAGAGGUUUGCCUCCUUGGAGGUUUAAAUGUUUAAACACGUGGGGGGUAUAAAAUAUUUUAAGGAAAAAAAAGAAAAAAAAACGUAAACUUUAUAAGCAAACGUCAUGCCUUAAUUUGCUUUUUGUGGUGUCUGUCGAAGUCAUGUUGGAGAUCUCUAUAAAUUGUCUAUAUGGAAUAAUUGUCAAACAUUUUUAUCACGUAAAUAUGACAAAGCUCCCAUUCAGCACUUAUGCUGUUGACCACGUUAUAAUACCACAUCAAUUCAUUGGAAAAAAAAAUGUUCUCUUACUUAUUAUUGUGGGCCAUUGCCCCGCAUAUGCAUUUUUACAUAACGUCAAAACGUUUCAUAAUUUAAGCUGACAUUUUCCCGACUGCUUGUAGAUAUCUGGAGAUAUAUGGACACACUCCCAUUUUGCAUAUUGCAUAAACAAGACAAUUUAUUUAGAAGGGAAAUAUUGAGAGCGCAAGAGGAGGAGAGCUCCGUACAGCCUCUUGGCGGAUUGAUUUACACCCCAUUGACGCUUUAUCAGGCUCGCGAAAAAAGUCUGACCAAUCACUUCGCUCGGAGCGCACACCAUAGCAGCCCGGCUCUACUUUGUUGGCGAGCGAGUAGAGAGGAGUACCGUAAAGAGGAGAGUAAAGCACAUUUCUAUUGUACAUGUUUUCCAUUUAAUGAACAGUACGUUAUAUAAUGUCCGAGAAUGUCCAUUUCUGGAACUCUAAGCAACUACUAUGUCGAUUCUAUCAUAAGUCAUGAGGGAGAAGAUCCGAACGCGUCCCGCUUCUCCAAUGUACAGUACUCCAGCGCUAGACAACCGGGACCCGGCGAGCAUCCCGAGUUUCCCUCUUGUAGCUUCCAGCCCAAGCCUCCAGUGUUCAGUUCGUCAUGGAGUCCAUUCAGUUCCCACGCCUCCAAUGGCUUACCCGCGGUCUACCAUCCCUACAUACCGACGCAGCCAGUGCCUUCAACGGAUACUCGAUACCUCCGCACAUGGCUCGACUGUGCACCGAGAGCAGAGCCGCUACCCGGACAAGGACAGGUCAAGAUGGAGCCGCUCCUGGGACAUCUCGGGGAACCACCAAAACUCGUCGGGCAGCAUGAGUAUAUCUUGGAGUCCUCUACAGCACGGGAGAUGAAUUCUGCUCACAGCGCCGGAUUUGAAGACAAUAAGGACAUAUGCGAAGGCAGCGAGGACAAAGAGGGACCGGAUCAAAACGACCCAUCUGCCAACUGGUUACACGCUCGAUCAUCCCGGAAGAAGCGAUGUCCAUACACAAAAUAUCAGACCUUGGAGCUGGAGAAGGAAUUUCUGUUCAAUAUGUACCUCACCCGAGACCGGAGACACGAGGUAGCUCGCCUGCUGAACUUGACAGAGCGACAAGUAAAAAUAUGGUUCCAAAACAGAAGGAUGAAAAUGAAGAAAAUGAACAAGGACCAGCCCAAAGAAUGAUAACGCAGACUGGUGCCAGGCGUUCAAGCCUUCUACAAAGAGUCUUUGAAAUCUGGAAGCUGAUGCAAGAGUGUAUUACUGCAUCAAAAAGAAAAAGCACUCGCACACCAUUUUCCAUAUGAUUGGACAGUGUUAGGCAUAGAGUAUGAGGAAGAGGCGAGACGAUGCAGAGGAGGGGGAAAACGUCGUGCCAUCUCUCCCUGCUUUUAUUGCAUUUUAUGACUCGUGUGAAAGAAACGAACACUCCAUCAGGAAAUAAACAGGUGAUAAGGAACUGGUUUCAACAGGCUAAGAAAAGCUGAAAUAUUGUGCUUUUAUAAAGUUGUUCUCUAUAUUUCUGCAUUUUUCAUCAUUCCUUUUGUCAUGGACGUGUGCUGAGAGAAAAUGUAUUUAACAAAACAUAAGCCUCAUUCAAUAUACAAGGGAAGUUUUGCUUAUCGGUAAAGCAUGUUCACUUGUUUGCUAAUUGACGUGAGCUCUCUUUUACAUUAUUAGCCUAUUAUUAUUAUUAUUAUAGGGGAAUAAAACAGCAUUUUGCUCGUUUCCUAGUGUCUACAUCACAUGUGAAGCAGUUACUAAAGUGUGCAUACGCUAACGGGUUUUUAAAAACCUUGAAGUUUACUAUAAUAUAAAUACUUUCCUUUUGACAUUUAUUUUUGUGGGAAGAUUUAUGGUAGAUGCACACAAUAAAAUGUCACAUCUGUUGGUUGAUUAGAAUUUGAGGAUAAUAAUAAUUUCCAAAUUUGCUCUCAGAUCUUUUCUUUAUAGCUUCUAGCUUCGUUCAGUAGUGUUUGUAUCGUUUGGGGUUAAAAUCAAGAAUCAAACUGAAGUAAUUAAAGACAAAUGAACUGAGUUGUUUUACCAUAUCCUUUUCAAAUAUCCCAAAAUAAUCCUUUUGAAAAUUAGAGUGCAGGUUCCGAGUGUGUGUAUUUGUAGCGUGCAGUAACCAUAGAAUUAAUUCGUGCUUAAAUGUAUAACAACCUUCAAUACAGAUUCGGUCGCAGUUGUUUACAUAAAUUUGCGCAUGCCUCGUAUUGUGUAGUUUUCUUAUGUACUUGUUAUUGGAAAAGCUAGUAUUAAUUCGAAGUUGUUUUAUGUGGAUUGUAAUUUUAAUUUAUUGUAAAUAGGUUAAUAGUUUUUUUUCUUUUGAAUGGAAUGUUUUAUAUGUUGUAAGAAGAAUUUUAAAAAAUACUUCAUACUUGAAUGAGCUGAUACACAUAACCUUUUAAUUUUUCUAUUUUGUUUACACUCUUCAUGUAUGUCCAGAAUCAUGUCCGUUGUCCAUUGUCGGUGAUGUUUUUUUUCUGUAUUUGCUCGUUCCUUCACAUUGCUUUAUUGGUUUAGAGAAUUGUUUUAUGUUUUUGUGAUAUGACUUUACUGAAAUCGAGCGAGUCUAUCUUCAAAUGUCAGAUACUCCUUAAAAUGUUAGUGGCCAUUAACGCAACUGUUUCCCAUUUUCUUUGAGACACGUCUAGUCAGGAACACUUGUGCUAUUUUCUAACGCUUGUUUUGUGGCUUCUGUGCAUUUAUUAAAACACAAAUAGUAACAUCGCAAGAUUUUGAAUAACAUGCAAAGACAUACUCGCAACACAAGGUCUAAAUUGUUUUAGUUCAGGACUGCUCCGUCUCUUUUUGUGUUAUUGUUUUGUUGUUAAUCUGUGCUAUUGCACUGUUGAUGCUGGACUCAUUAAAAGUUUACAUAUAGACCACA